AUGUCUUCUUUCACCGAUCUCUACUCCGUGAAGCCCUUCAAAACUCAAUGGAGAGUUUACGUGAAGAUAUUGAAGGUGUGGAAACAAUACUUGAAUGGUGUAGAGACGUUGGAAAUGGUUGUUGUUGAUGAGAAGUUGACUAUUGUCAAUUCUGUAUCAGUAAGGGACGAUUUCUUCUUGCAUAGUCCUCGAAGGACUAUUAGCAAGAUUAUUGCUGCUUCUGAGGUUGUCAAAUGUGUUACCAUGGCCACAAUUAUGUCUAUUGACACUGAGUUUGGUUGGUAUUACAUGUCAUGCGAAGCCUGUUCGAAAAAGGUUCUCCCUCAUGAUAUGGAUUACUUAAAAGAACUGUAUCCUGGGAAAACAUUUAAGAAACAAUUGUGGCAGUGCAAAAAAUGCAAUGAGGAUGUUGAGAAUGUUUAUCCAUCGUUUAUGUUGACUUUCCGUGUCAUGGAUAAUACUGGUGAAACCAAAUUCCUCUUAUUUGAUCAAGAGGCAAAAGAAGUUGUCAACCAAACUGCUGCUCAGUUAACUCAGUCUGUUAAUGAGAUUCAGGAUCCUGAUGUCUUGCCCUUAGCUUUGAGCAAUAUUUGUGGUAAAACGUUUCUAUCAAGAUUGCAAAAGCAGAGCACUCCAAGUAUCAAGAUAGAGGAAAAAGCUCACAAUACUCUUGAUGGAAAGGUUCCUCUAAUGAUUAUGGAUGAUGAUGAUUCUGAAAUUACACCUACUUCUAAGCGCAAGAGCAAUGAAAAGAUGGAAGUGAUUAAGGAUACUGAUGAGUAUUCGGCUGCAAAGAAGAAGUGUAAGGAUGAGAAAACUGUUGAGACUAAUCCAAGUAUUCUGCCCCUUAAGACCGUGAAGACAGAGAAGCCAUGA